AUGAGUGACCAGAAGGAGAUAUUGGAACAGUUCGAUCCUUUAACAAAUAAAGACUUCAGUGAUAACGACACUGAUAAAAGCACAACUGAGUCCAUUAACGAUCCAUCAGAUAAGAGAAAUAAAGGCCCUAAUGAACUAGAAAAAAAAUGUGAUAGUCAGUCUGAUGAUUCGUCGCCGAAGGGUACAGAAACUGAUGAGGUAGAAAGGGCAAUAACGACAGAAGAAGAACAACAAACAAAUGGCCAUGAUGAUGAACCAUUUUUUGACUUUCAAUUAUUUAUUAAACAAUUACAAGAUUCCAGAUCUGUCCCACUUGUGAAAUAUAUCAAAUCAUUCUUAGAAAAAUUUGUUACACAACGACAAUUAUGGACUACAGAAGAACAACAGAAAUUAAUAAAUGAUUUUAAAUUGUUUAUCUACGGGAAAUUCGACGAGUAUGAACCAUUUAAAUCAUUGGAUGAGGUAAAAUUACAUAAUGCUAAAGAAGGUAUUGAGAAAUUAGUCAUGGGUAAGUUAUAUACUCAUUGUUUUGCUCCAUUUACUAAGAAACGUCUGAGAAAUACAGUUCUUUUGGAUAAAGGACAUAAGCAAGAUUUAAUUGCUGAUAAAAAACUCAGAGAAAAAAUUGAAGAAUUUAGAUUUAUUGAACCAGAUAAUUUGGAUAUUAUAAUAGUGAAACCAAAUAAAUUGAAAACGUUCGUUAAUUAUUCUGGUAUUGAGUUAGAUAAAGUGAAUAAUUUUAAAGCACCUCGUGAUAAGAUGGUUUGUAUAUUAAAUUCAUGCAAAGUUAUCUUUGGAUAUUUAAAACACUAUGAACCAGGAUCUGAUGAUGGUGAUGCGAAAGGAGCUGAUAGUUUUAUUCCUUUGUUGAUUUAUACAAUUUUGAAAAGUAAAGUACAAUUUUUAGUUUCCAAUGUCAAAUACAUUGAAAGGUUCCGAUUGGAGGAAUUUUUAAGAGGAGAAGAAUCGUAUUAUUUAAGUAGUAUUCAAGCGGCAAUCGAUUUUAUUAUGACUUUAGACGUUCGUUCUUUGACAAUAAAUGAUUACAACGUCUAUAAUGAAAGAUAUCACCAAAAUAAAAUAAAGUUGGAAAAAGAGAAAGAAGUUAUAAAGGAAAAAAGAUUACAAAAGGAAUCAUCAACGACAUCUUUAUCAUCCAAAGCAACAGAUAUAAGUAGGCAUCCCUUUGAUGAAAUUACCAAUUCUAUGUUUUCUGUGUUUAAUGAUUUAUUUAUAUCUAGUGGAGAUGAAGAAAGUUCUAAAGCUGAAGUCGAGAAGGCUACACCGACACAUAACACUAUCACUACUACUGCGACACAGCAAGUACAUAUGACAGAAGCACAAGAAGAAGAUAUAGGUGUCAUUGUAGAACAAAUGGAGGAAAAUGAAAGAAAUGAAACGAUGUUGACGUUACAGAACAUGUUCCCUGAUAUGGAUAAAGAUCUUAUUGAAGAUGUUUGUAGGGCAAAGAAAUAUAGAAUUGGACCUGCCGUCGAUGCUUUAUUGAUGCUUUCUGAUUAA